UAUCAUAAAAUUAUUAUUAUCUCAUUCGCGGAAAGGCAACUGGAGCAGGUUCACGUGAUAGUCUAGCCCACCGCAGCCAGGCGGUUUGAGGGAAAUGCUAUGAGCGCUGCUCCGCGGGGGGCGAGGAGCAAAAUAUCUGGAAGCCAACUGAAAUUACUUCAGAGAGAAAGACUCGAAGUUCACUCCAUUCUACCGUCUGCAAUGAUGAGGAUGCGUUUUAGCCGCGCUGCCCCGUCCGCGGAUAAUACCAGGUUGGAAGUUAAAUGAAAGUCAUACAGAGACUGCAUCCAGCUCCCUCUCCGGAUUGUGUUUACUGAAGUUUAAUUGAAUUACCGGCGGCGGGUUUACUGGACGGUCUCGCCUGCUGGAGCUGAUAUUUAGCCGGAGAAAUGUCUCUCUUGAGGAUUUUGUACAGGAAUUGGGCCGCAUCAUUGAUCGUUUUACACCUAUUUUGUCUUUUAGGAUUUUAUGAAAGCGCUCAGAUUAAUUCUGAAUCCGUGUUUACUGCCGAUGACACAGAUCUAUCAACUUUACUGAGGUCUCUGAGAUUGCCUCAGAAUACAGAGUACGAGGUGGUGUCUCCCUACGAAGUGGACCAUCUGGGUCAGUACAUCUCCCACCAGGUGACCCAUCGCCAGCGGAGGAGGCGGUCCAGCGAUGAGGCCGGCGGCAACGCUGGGACGUCAGCGGUCCACUUCCGGCUGCAGGGCCUGGGCCAGGACUUCCACCUGGAGCUGCAGCCAUCCCAGGGUCUGGUCACGCCCGGACUGAGCGUGCAGCUCCUGGGGAAGAACGGGACCAAGAGCCUGCAGCCUCUGCGGCACAACGACCUCUGCUUUUACCAGGGGUCACUGAGGGCAAAGGUCAACUCCUCUGUGGCCCUCUCUACAUGCUCAGGGAUGUCAGGUCUGAUCCGGACGCAGGAAGGAGACUACUUUCUGAAGCCUCUUCCUCCCAGCCUGGCACAGCGAGGGAACUUCACCGGGCCGGCCAAUCACCAGCCUCACAUCCUCUACAAGAGAUCAAUACAGACAGACGGACGGAAAGACAAAUGGACAGACACGGCAACAGACCCAGAAGACAUCUCAGUGACAGAGGACCAACACCUCCAUCAUCACCACGGCAACCACAGUGACUACAGACACGGCACGCGGCAAAGACAGCACUUCUGUGGCAGAAGGAAGAAAUACAUGCCAAAGCCGCCAGAAGAGGACCUGUACAUUCAGCCUGACGAGUAUCAGGACGUGUCCAGGAGUAGAAGAGCAGCUCUGUUAACAUCUCAGAGGAGUCAGAUGCUGAAUGUAGAAACCCUGGUGGUGGUGGACAAGAAGAUGAUGGAGAACCAUGGCCAUGAGAACAUCACCACAUACGUUCUGACUGUGCUCAAUAUGGUUUCCACUCUGUUCAAAGAUGGAACAAUUGGAGGGAACAUCAAUAUAGUAAUUGUGGGACUGAUUCUCCUGGACGAGGAACAGGAUGGGCUGGUUAUCAACCACCAUGCCGACCACACUCUGAACAGUUUCUGCCAGUGGCAGGCGGGUCUGGGGGGAAGAGAGGGGCGUAGACACGACCAUGCAAUCCUGCUAACCGGCCUUGAUAUCUGCUCCUGGAAGAACCAACCAUGUGACACCCUGGGUUUCGCUCCGAUCAGUGGAAUGUGCAGUAAAUACAGGAGCUGUACCGUCAAUGAGGACACUGGUCUGGGUUUGGCCUUCACGAUCGCCCAUGAAUCUGGACAUAAUUUUGGCAUGGUGCAUGACGGUGAGGGGAACAUGUGUAAGAAGUCGGAGGGCAACAUCAUGUCUCCAACCUUGGCAGGACACAACGGCAUCUUCUCCUGGUCCGCCUGCAGCCGGCAGUACCUCAGCAAGUUCCUAAGCUCGGCCCAGUCCAGGUGUCUGUCUGAUGAGCCUCAGCCUCUGGAGGAGUACAGCUACCCUCAGCAGCUUCCUGGGGAGCUCUACGACGCUGACACACAGUGCAAGUGGCAGUUUGGAGAGAAGGCCAAACUUUGUACCUUGGACUUCAAGAAGGAUAUAUGUAAGGCUCUGUGGUGCCACCGAGUUGGGAGGAAAUGUGAGACCAAGUUCAUGCCAGCGGCCGAGGGCUCUGCUUGUGGUCCUGAGAUGUGGUGUCGGCGUGGUCAGUGUGUGAAACAAGGUGAAGAAGGCCCCAGACAGGUCCACGGUCAAUGGUCAGAAUGGUCUGGAUGGUCAACAUGCUCCAGAAGUUGCCAGAGUGGAAUCACCUACAGGGACAGAAACUGCUCCAACCCCAAGCCGAUGUACGGGGGGAAGUUCUGUGAAGGUUCCUCCAGGUCAUAUAAACUGUGUAACACUAAGGACUGUCCUGUUGGCAGCCUGGACUACAGAGCAGCACAGUGUGCUGAGUUCAACAGCCAACAGUUCAGAGGAUGGUACUACAGCUGGAGACCCUACACUAGAGUGGAUGAUCAUGACUUGUGUAAGCUUUACUGCUAUGCGGAUGGAUAUGACUUCUUCUAUGCUCUGUCGAGUAAAGUGAGAGAUGGGACUCUGUGUUCUCAGGACAAUUCCAAUGUCUGCAUCGAUGGCUUGUGUGAGAGAGCGGGCUGUGAUCGUGAGUUGGGAUCUACAGCAACUCCUGAUGUAUGUGGAGUCUGCAAUGGAAAUAACUCCACCUGCAAGACAUACAAGGGCCAAUACACCAAACAACACUACUCCAGCCAGUAUUACGGAGUGGUGACUAUUCCUUCUGGGGCCAGAAGUAUCCGCGUGGUGGAGCUGAACACCUCCAGCUCCUACCUGUCUGUCAGGAACACCCAGAGACGCUACUACCUGAAUGGGCAGUGGACAGUUGACUGGCCAGGCCGACACCUGAUAGCCGGAGCUCUGUUUGACUACAAAAGACCCUACAACCGCCCUGAGAGCCUCACCUCUGCCGGACCUACCAACGAGACACUGGUGGUGGAGGUCCUGCUGCAGGGCUGGAACCCUGGGAUCAGAUGGGAGUACUCAAUGAGGAAGAGCUUCCCGGUGAAGCACAACUACAGCUGGGCCAUCGUGCGCUCCCAGUGCUCAGAGACCUGUGCUGGAGGUCAGAUGAACACCAAAUCAGCAUGUUAUAAGGAUCUGAGAGCCCAGGUGAACACAUCGUACUGCAACCCUCGAACAAAACCUGCGACAGGACUGAUGCCAUGCAACACCCAGCCCUGCCCUGCCAGCUGGAGUGUUGGGGAUUGGGGGCCGUGCAGUCGGACCUGCGGAGGAGGGGAGCAGAGCAGACAGGUUAAGUGUCUGAGAAAGAUCAGCCAGUACAAGAUGGAGACUGUUGCCGAAGCUCUGUGUGUCACACCAAGGCCGAUAACAAAACAGACCUGCAAAUCACACACCUGUCCACCUGGCUGGAGUAUUGGACCAUGGUCUCAGUGUUCUCGGCAUUGUGGUAAAGGAGUGAGGAGGAGGAGUGUGGUGUGCAAGAGCAGCAGCAGCCCUGGGCAACAGCAGCACAUCUUGCCAGACACUUCCUGUCCUUCCCAGCAGAGGCCCAGCAGCCAGGAGCCCUGCCUCAUCAAACGCUGCCCCAAACAGCGCAAAGUGCAGUGGUUCAUCUCUACGUGGCAUGAGUGCUCUGUAACCUGUGGGAGGGGCAUCCAGACACGCUUCGUUAAAUGUGCAGAGAAGGAUUCAGCUGGGAAGUACAGAGAACUGGCAUCUAAGAAGUGCCAUCAUGUGGCCAAGCCCUCCGUGGUGCUGCACAGAGGCUGUAGUCUGGCAGAAUGCCCCCGGCCCGUCCUGACCGGGCACAAAGCCAGCCGUGACCAUCUGCCCUUCCCACGCCCCGAAUGGUACUCCUCCCACUGGUCUGAGUGCACUGUGUCGUGUGGUGGCGGGGUGCAGGUGCGUGCUGUCCAGUGUCUGGUCCAGGGGAAGCCGUCCUCACAGUGUGUUCUCCACCUGAAGCCCCCCAUGUCUCAGGCCUGCAACAUGAACUUCUGUCCCCAACCCCAGAAAAAAGACCUGCUGUGUAAGGACUACUUCAACUGGUGCUACUUGGUACCGCAACAUGGAGUCUGCAGUCACAAGUUCUAUGGGAAGCAAUGCUGCAAGUCCUGUUCUCAUUCAAACCUCUAGGUACUGAUAGUCACCACCUCCAGCGCAGAAGAGAGCAGGUGUAUUGAAGAGACUCUGGGGGCGUCUGAUGCGGCGGCUUGAAGGACAGUUUGGCAUGGAGCAUGCGCAUGCACUGAAAUCGUAUAUUUAAAUUGAACUGGAAGACACAAACCACACCCUUACUCAUGAUGCCGGACAUCUUGAUGCUAGAGAAGCCUGUCUGUCUGUCUAGUUGGUACAGGAAGACUAAAGAGCUGAACUGAAUAAAGACAGACUGCUCCAGUGUGUCGGUCUCUCUCCUGCAUUCAUCCUGGAAAAGAACCUCUCAACCACCUUGUUGGACAGUCCUUAGGUAAACCUAGGACAACAAUGAGAAAACCAUGAGACAACCCUGGGACAACCAUGAGACAACCCCUGGGACAUCCUUCCGACAAUGCUAGGGUUUCCAGGGUUUCAUGCUGUUAGCUGACAGCAGAAGGAAUCGGAUCUCAGCAGACUGCAUGCACAGGGCUACUGCAUACACCUAUGGUGCUACAUUGUUUUGACUGAUAAGUACAAUACAUCUUACUGAAGAUAAACCAAUGAUAUGGGGUCUCUCUGAUCCUGUACUGCACUGUCCUUCCUAGUAGUGAUGCUCUUAUUUAUUAGCAAAGCUUUCUUUUUGCUGUAAGGCUGGAUGAUGUAACACUACUCCAUUGUAUACCUGGACAUCCUGCAUUCACAUCUAGACAUCUCUGUUGACUAUCUGCACCUUUUACUUUUUGUAUUGAAAGCAUUUAUUAUAGGCUGUGGCUGCGGAUCCAACUGUUUUUGGGAUCUUUAAUUCCGCCGGACCAAGCGUUCGGACCAAGCGCAUGUGCAGAUCACAUUUUGAGUUUGUGUAUUCAACACAAAGUCUGUACUCUUCACGUAAAGUACAGGCUGCUAUGGCGAUAGGUGAUCGUUAAGAUCGAAACUGAAUCAAUUUCUGCGUGAUCAUAUAAUGUUCACAGUAUUCUACAUCUGGUUCCACAUCAAUUUGGGGCACUGACAUUUGGGGGAGCAGGACCUUCCUUUUUUUGUGAGGUAUAUACCGUACUGUGCAAAAUUCUUGAAAAUGUUUUAAUGCAUUUGUGCAUUAAGUGUUUAUUUGCUCAUAAAGAUAUUACAAUACCAAUACACAUUAAUACAAUAAAACGUUUGAAUAAUU